AAGCUCAUCCAUCCUGUGAAGCAGAGCGAUGAAACUUGCCCCGUUUGUAGCUCAGAAACUGUUGUUUAUUAAGGUUUAAACUGGUUAACAUCCGUUUUACUGAACGUUAGCUGCCGUUGACUAGCAAUGUUAACGUUAGUGUAGACUGCACUCACUUUAGCUGUAAUGACCCAUAACUUUGGGUUUCGGGUCUAACGAGUUGAUUUGGAUUGGAUGUCUUGCUUUGUAACAUUUUGCAUAUAAAUUAUGAGGGGAAAAGUUGAGACUGUCGGGCCUAGCUAUGGGUCGUAACUCCAGUGACUAUGGAAGAAGUACAGCAGGGCAGCAAUGGCACUGAGUCACAGACUUCCACCAUUCCCACUACCAUCACAAACUCUCAGUUGACACAGAUAGCCCAACAGAUGUCACUGGGUGGUUCUCCUGUGACUGUCGUUCAGCUGCCAUCCGGCCAGUUUCAGGUUCAAGGAGUGAUCCAGUCAGCACAAUCUUCAGUCAUUCAGUCCCCUCAGGUGCAAAACACACAGGCCCAGGGUUCAGAUAGUGAAGAUUCGCAGGACUCAUCAGAUAGUGGAAGCACAGCCCAAAAGACUAGAGAGAUCCUGGCCAGAAGACCAUCGUACAGAAAAAUACUAAAUGAUCUUUCAUCUGAGGAGGUGACGCACAUUGAGGGAAAGGACAACAGCCCGGCAUCCACAGGAGUAACAAGUGUUACAGUACCCACUACCCCAAUCUACCAAACCAGCAGCGGACAGUACAUUACCAUAGCCCCUAAUGGCACAAUCCAGCUGGCGAGUCCAGGGUCAGAAGGGCUCCAGGGAGUCCAGGCUCUCACCAUGGCCAACUCUGGUGGAGCCCAACAAAGCACCACCAUUCUUCAGUAUGCUCAGACACCGGAUGGCCAACAGAUACUGGUGCCUAGCAACCAGGUUGUCGUCCAAGGUGCAGGAGGAGAGGUGCAAACAUACCAGAUCCGUACAGCGCCCACAUCCAGCUCCCUGCCUCAGACCGUGGUUAUGACUUCUCCUAUGGGCAUAUCUCAGACCAAGACGGACGAUCCAACACUUAAGAGGGAAAUCAGGCUUGCUAAAAACAGAGAGGCAGCCCGUGAGUGUCGACGGAAGAAAAAGGAAUACGUUAAAUGUCUGGAAAACCGCGUUGCUGUUCUUGAAAACCAAAACAAGACCCUGAUUGAAGAACUCAAAACCUUAAAAGACCUUUAUUGUGUUAAAACAGGAUAACCUGUUUGAAAUAAAGGUUGAGAAUUGAUCAUGGUGUGCUCAGCCAUUUGGACAUUACAGGGUUUCUGGGAACACUUCAGGCUGAGAUUCUGCAGUUUUUUUUUUUACUCUGGUAAUUAAAGUGACACAUGUUGGCAGUGAGAUAUACUCAGAAUAAACAAGAAAUUGGCCAUUUUUCCACCUGCUGUUUUUUUUUUUUUUUUUUUUUUUUUUUUGCUAAUUCAGUAACAUUUAUAGUUGUACAUUUUUAAUACUGGGAAGUUUGAAAUUGUGAGCUUUAACUUUGAGUGUCUCGGUUUCUAAAUGUGUCCCUUUUCUUUAUUCUUGUGUUUUUAAAGAUGUUGCUGUUGGAUUUUUUUUUUUUAAUCUCCUGACGGCAUCAACAGAAUUUUAACUGUAUGAUUUAUUACACAAACAAUUCCUGUUUAUUUUGUGAACCAACAAUUCCUCUUAUUUUCCCAUAAGGAGAUGUUACACUUGUCAUUCCUUAGUUUUGUGCAAUGGAAUAUAAAGGGCAAUAGAAAAGAUGACAUUGAGUAUGCUUUGUUUGGUCGUUUCUCGGCAGUUACUUAGACAAUCAGGGAAAAAGCACAUUGUCCAGGUAAUAUUUAUUAUGUACAUCAUGGGAUGGGUGAGAAAGAAGAACAAGCAAUUUAUGAAAUGUUGCUGAUUGUGUAACAGAAUAAAUCUAUUUUCACUCAA